GUUUCAGCCAGUUGUAAUUCAUACAAUCCAAACACCUUGUUCGUGUAUCUCAAGCUACUUCGCGCGACUAACAAGAAGACCAUACUGUGACUGCUUGAAUUCAAGUAGCCACCGUUAGCCCGAAAGCAACCGAAGCGACGAAUCCCAUCGAGAAGCUCAAUGACCCCGGCGGCAACCCAUGAAAAGGAUCGAUGCUACCCUCAAAGUUUGACCGCUCCAAGAAAGGAAUGUAGGAGGGCAGAGGGCGAGAGGGGUAAUUGGCGUCGAAAUAUCAUGUUUACCUGACCGCUGCCACUUGAACACAGAAUCUAUCGAACCCAACCUCCUUCCUCUGUUGCCUAUGCCGACUGAGCUCAAAAGCCAACGCAAUUUCCGAUCAUGAGUUCCGCACUGAAGAGGAAGGCACAGUCACCUGUACCUGAGGCGAAGUCGCCAACCGUACAGUCGCCCAAAGGACAAGCUAAGUCGCCCACACCCGGUCCGGCAUCGCCCACGCCUGGUCCGGCAUCGACCACGCCCGGUCCCGUAUCGCCGCCGCCGGCCCAAUCUGACGAGCCGACCGAACUGUUGCCUGGCGCACAUUGGGGCGAGCUGGAUGUCCCUGACGACAACGAUUCCACUCUAGGUGAUAGUGAUGUUGAGAGCUCAACGGCGUCGAUCUCUUCUACUAUUUUGCAAUACCGUACGAUCAAAGGCAGGACAUAUCACAACGAUGCUGUGUCAGAUAAUGAGUAUUGGGGCCCAAACGAUGCGAAGGCGAUGGAGGUCAUGGAUAUUUACCAUCACGCCAUGACCCUGAUACUUGAUGAGAAGCUAUACACAGCCCCGCUCUCCAAGGACAUCAAGAACGCCCUGGAUGUCGGCACCGGCACCGGGCUCUGGGCAAUCGAUUUUGCGGAUGAAUUUCCCAACUGUACCGUGAUUGGUACCGAUAUUUCGCCUAUUCAGCCGAGCUGGGUUCCUCCUAACCUCCAGUUCAACAUCGACGACGCGACUAGGGAAUGGACAUAUCAACCCGACUUCUUCGAUUACAUCCAUAUCCGGUGGCUUUGCGGCACAAUCAAGGAUUGGACAUCCUUGUACAAGGAAGCGUACAGGUGUCUUAAGCCGGGCGGCUGGAUUGAGCAUAUGGAUGGCGAAGUGAAUAUGAGAUGCUUUGACGGAACUAUGCCCAAGGAAUCCGCUACCUAUCAAUGGGGACAGCUUUGGGGCGAAAUUCAGCGGAAGACCGGAGUUAUAUUCCACAUGGUCGAGUCCGGCUGCAUGGAGAAUGGAAUUAAGGAAGCGGGCUUCACCAACAUCCAAAUCGAAGAUUUCAUGACUCCGACUACCCCUUGGCCUACGGACGAAAAGGCAAGACAGAUCGGUCUCUACCAAAGUGUAGCUUUGAUGUCAGACGUUGAGGGCUUCCUCACCUACUUUUUUGGCCAGGUUAUGGGGUGGGCUGACAACGAGAUGGCAAAUUUUGCCGCUAGUCUUCGCCGGGAGUACAAGGAGUGCAAGAUCCAUGCGCACCUCGUUUGGCGCGUAGUUCGUGCCCAGAAGCCGUUGGACGCCUGAAAUCACAAGUGUAGACAACGGUGGUAGGGCAGGUGGACGCGUGUUGCGCAUGAUGAAAGUGGCAGGGAACAUGGGGAUGGGGAAUGCACGUAUCUGCUUCUUUGUGCGAGGUCUUCAAUAGUGUGUAUCACUGUCUUUAUCACGAUCGUCGUCAAGCGUCAUGGGUCCCUUUUUGUGGUUUGUCCGGAGUUUGGUCCGGUUCAAAUGUUUGAUGAACAAGGUUGACUGCUGUUUCCUUCAGCCUUACCCGUGCCAAACUUCCGAUACCCG